AUGGAGGGAGAGCUUAAUUAUGCUUCCAUUGUUUUCAAAGCCAACAAGCCCUCCGCAUCCAAAGCUAAACGUGAGGAGGAAACUGUGUACGAUGACGUGAAGGUUCAGGGCCACACAGCAGAUCUAAAUACAGACACACAAGGAUUUUUAGGCGAGAAGCCAGUGAGAGGACGUCACGGUGUUCAGCUGGUGGCGUGCUGUUUGGGGAGUCUUUGUGUUAUCUUGGUCGCGACCAUCAUAACGCUCUGUUUCUACUUUUCUGCCGCAAGAAAUGACAGUGAUGCACAGGUGGUCCAACAGUUGAAAGAAAACAACCUGACCAGCAUCAUCAACAACCUCAGCUCAGAAAUCACUGACUUAAAGAAGAACAGCAGAGAUCAGACGGUCCUCAUUGGUGACCUGAGACAAAACAACAGCAUCCUGACUUCAGAAAGUCAGCAGCUGCAGAUGGAGAAGAGCGCCUUAGAGAGACAAGUGAAGAAGCUGAGGAGAGAGAGGACUGAGCUCAGCUUGACUCGGACACAGAGGAUCCUUGAUGCCUACUGCCCCAAAACAGGAGACAAGGAAGAGAGACGGUGUAAUCCUUGUCAGGAGGGCUGGCUUCUCUCCCCGUCCAAGUCCAGCUGUUAUCUGGUUGUAACAACUAAUAAUUACGGCAAGAAAACCUGGGAAGAAGCAAGAGAAGACUGCAGGCAGAGGAAUGCAGAUUUAGUUGUGAUAGAAAAUGGACAGGAGCAGGAAUUCAUCCGUGAAACCAGCCUUAGGUCCAGUAACAGUACUUUGUACCGCUUCUGGAUUGGCUUGAGAAGAACAAGUGGGGUCUGGAAGUGGGUCGAUGGAAGUGAUCUGACUGAAAGCUACUGGAUCAACCAACCUUUAGACAACACGGACUGUGCAGUUUCUGUCCAGUGGAGCUCACCUGAGGGAUGGAGAGCUAAGGACUAUUUCUUGGGCUUAAACUUCAUUCUGGCCCACGUUGCCAUGUGGUCCAGAACUGUUAGCACCCAUCUCGCCUCCACAUGGGUCAUGGUCAUCACAGAAUUCAUCCGUGGAAUCAGUCAUGAGGAUGGUGACAGUAGUUUGUAUGGCUACUGGAUUGGCUUGAGAAGAACAAGUGGGGUCUGGAAGUGGGUUGAUGGAAGUGAUCUGACUGAAAGGUAA